GGGAAGGCGAAUGGCAUUUGAGGAGGCAAAGUUUUAUAUAUAUGGCUGUUGCUCUCGUACCACCCGACCAACCAUUUUCUGAAAUCUAAGGAGAAGCAAAAAUGGCGAUGGCUUUCAAGAUGGCAACCACCGGAAUGUGGGUGACGGAUGAAUGCAAGAAAUCGUUCAUGGAUAUGAAGUGGAAGAAGGAGCACAGAUACAUAGUGUUCAAGAUCGACGAAGGAUCCAGACUCGUCACCGUUGAUAAACUGGGUGGCCCCACCGACGGCUACCACGAUCUCACGGCUUCCUUGCCCACCGAUGAUUGCCGAUAUGCGGUGUUCGACUUCGACUUCGUCACCGUCGACAACUGCCGCAAGAGCAAGAUCUUCUUCAUUGCAUGGUCUCCGACAGCAUCGAGGAUUAGAGCAAAGAUUCUGUACGCAACUUCGAAGGAUGGGCUGAGAAGAGCACUGGAUGGAAUCAGCUAUGAACUCCAAGCCACGGAUCCAACGGAGAUGGGUUUCGAUGUAAUCAGAGACAUAGCCAAAUAGACAUGGAUUUUUGGAUUUUGAUUACUGAAUGCUCUCUAUCUUCGAAUGUGAUUUUCCGAUGAGUUUUAAUUCACCAGUUUCUUCUUUUGUAUAAUAGAGUUGUGAGGUUGAAAUUGAUGUAAAUGUAUGUGGGGCCUGUCAUCUUAAAUCAUAUUAAUACUGUAUCUACGUACUGUGCUUCAAAUUAAAUUAUUAAGCUCAAACCACCAUAGCCAACAAAA